GUGCUGUGCUGCCAUGACGACCAUGGCCCCUCCCCUCAUGUUUCUCCUCCUGCUCCUUCAAUUGGCUCACAGCUCUUUCCCAGAGGAGCCCGGUCCUCUAAGCUAUGCUCCCUUAGAGGUGGUGAGGAGGUAUCCUGUGUUUGUGGGUAGAGCUCAUCGUUCCUCACAGAGACAGGAGCUGCACAUUCACACAGUGCUCCAGGUGAACCGCACACUCUACAUAGGAGCCAGAGAUGAUCUAUAUAGAGUGGAGCUGGACAAUAUGUCAGGGGACGAAAUAUUCUACAGCAAGAAGCGGACGUGGGAAUCCAAUAAGAAUGACAUUCGAGUCUGUAGGAUGAAGGGAAAACAUGAGGGGGAGUGUCGUAACUUCAUCAAGGUGUUAUUGAGCCAACAUGGAGAACUGUUUGUGUGUGGAACUAACGCCUUCAACCCUCUAUGUGCGAACUACACUAGGGACACUCUGGAGAUGGUAGGAGAGACGGUCAGUGGGAUGGCUCGAUGCCCUUAUGAUCCCAGACACGCUAACGUGGCUCUUUUUGCAGAGGGCAGUCUCUUCACUGGUACUGUAACAGACUUUCUGGCGAUUGAUGCUGUGAUCUAUCGUAGCCUAGGCGACAGCCCUGCUCUCCGCACCGUCAAACACGACUCCAAGUGGUUUAGAGAGCCCUUCUUUGUGAGCGCAGUCGAGUGGGGGCCUCAUAUUUACUUCUUCUUCAGGGAAAUGGCCAUGGAGUUCCAUCACCUGGAGAAGGUGAUGGUGUCUCGUGUGGCGAGGGUGUGUAAGGGGGACCAGGGUGGGUCUCAGAGGGUGUUGGAAAAACAGUGGACAUCGUUCCUGAAGGCCAGACUGAACUGCUCUGUCCCAGGAGACUCCCACUUCUACUUCAACCUGCUCCACGCCACCAGCCCCAUACUCAACAUGAACGGCAGGGACGUCAUACUGGGACUGUUCUCUACACCGCCCAACAGUAUCCCUGGGUCUGCAGUCUGUGUGUUUGACAUGCAGCAGUUGGCUAGGGUGUUUGAGGGAAGAUUCAAGGAGCAGAAAUCUCCAGAAUCCAUCUGGACACCUGUAUCUGAUGAGCUCGUGCCCAAACCCAGGCCGGGUGGCUGUGCGGUGCAGGGGUCUCAGUUCAGCUCGUCUAAAACUCUGCCAGAUGAGGUGUUGAACUUUGUGAAGACUCAUCCCCUGAUGGAUGAGACCAUACCCCUGGUGGGGCACAGACCCUGGGUUGUCAAGACUAUGGGCAGGUACCAGUUGACAGCCAUGGUGGUGGACACAGAAGCUGGUCCCCAUAGAAACCGUACAGUAUUGUUUCUGGGCUCCACGCGAGGGACCGUCCUCAAAUUCCUCAUUGUCCCGAGUGGAGACAACUCUCCCACACACAGCAGUGUGUUUCUGGAGGAGGUGGAGGGCUUCAACCCUGAGAAGUGUGGAGAGGACUCUGUCCAGGCCAGACAGUUGUUGUCUCUGUCUUUGGAUCGUCCCAGUCACACUCUACUGCUGGCCUUCCCUUCCUGUCUGGUCAGACUACCCACAGCACGCUGCCACUUACACUCACGCUGCAUGAAGAGCUGUCUGACUUCCAGAGAUCCCUACUGUGGCUGGACCAGAGGCAGCACCUGCUCCUUCCUCAGACCAGGCACACGGCUGCCUUUUCAGCAAGACAUUGAGUAUGGCAACUUCUCCCAUCUUGGAGACUGUGGUGGUGUAAUACAGCAGAGUCUGCUGGUCGAGCCGGAGAGUCUCGUCUCCCUCAACCUGCUGGUGGCAUCUGCAAUCUCGGCCUUCACCAUCGGGGCGAUGCUAUCAGGCCUUGCCGUCUGCUGGAUCAUGGCCCACAAGCCCAGCAACCGACGCCACGCUAGCAACUCCAGCCAGUCCAGCAUCCAGCGCCAGGAGAGGGGGAUGUUGACGUCAGGAGGAGGGAUGGGAGGAUCGGUCCUUAGUGUGACCCGUCAGGGAGGAGGGGAUAGACCUUGUUCUCAGGGCGGGGAGACCCUGUUUGUGAUGCCCAACGGUUGGGUGAAGUCAGGGGAGCUGGACCCAGGGUUCUUGCCCACGCCAGAGCACACGCCCCAGCAGAAGAGACGCGGGCUCAGGCUUUCCGAUUCUGGAUCAGGGGGGUGGGACAACAGCCAGACCUACCUGGGAGGGAGCACCAUGGGGCUAGCAUCCCCCUGCCCUCUCCCUUGCCCCCCACACCCCUCCACUGCUGUCUACCUGACCACCAGACUCUUCCAGGGUGGAGGAGGUGGGAGACAUGUGGGUGAGGAGCGAGGAAGAGAAGGGGAGACGCCUCGCCAGCACUACGUGUGCCUCAGCAAGCCCUGGGGGGAGAAGGGGAGGAGUGGGACCCCAAAGUCGGCACUUCGCAAGUCGGCAGGGGAGUACGUGUACCCCAUGACCCCCCAGGACUCCCCGAAUAGGAGGAGGGUGGUGUCAGCCCCCAGCGCCCACAUGGAGUUUGGGGAGCCCCUGCCUCUCCGCUGGCCUCCCCAGGAAGGCUACAUCCUCAGCAGCCAGGGCAUGGUCCCCGCACCUCCAUCCUCCAUGCCGACCCCCAACGGCCAGCAGUAUGUGGCCCAGCACCACACCCCCGGGCCGGGCAGGGCUCAGCUGAGAGGGGAACUGGGGAGAGGAGAGAUGGGGGAGCUGGUGGAUCUCAGCCAGCUGCUGAGUAAGAAGAGUUCCAAUGAGAGGACUCACAACGGCCAGUGAAAAAGAGAGUGAAAAGCAGGGAAGGACCCCGGCCACUGCUUAAGACCAUAUCAGUCUCUUUCUACAUCUAUCUCCUUCUCUCUGUUCUACCUUUUCUCUCCUUCCCUCUCUCUUUCUUUCUCUCUCUGUCUCUGUCCCUCAUUGUCAUUCAGUCCUCCUGAUAUCUCUGUAUCUCACUGGGGGACUCCUGAGGCUGUUCAAUCUGUGACUGGUUACUACUGCUGUCACUCAGAUCCUGCUUGGCUGUGAUUAGCCAGAGAAAAUGAGGUUGUUAUUGUGUCUGCCUAUCUACUCAAGCUGCUUAAAGAGGGGAGGAGGCGAGAAAGAGAGAAGGGAGAGCGAGAGAUAGGGAUUGAAAGAGAGGUGAGAAAGAAGGAAAGAGAGAGGGGAGGCGAGAAAGAGAGAAAGGAGAGCGAGAGUGAGGGAUUGAAAGAGAGGUGAGAAAGAGGGAAAAAGAGAGGGGAAGGAAGAGUUUGCUAGACAGUGGAAUUCUUACAAAGAAAACAUGCUGAGAGAGAACCAUAAGCAGGAAGCUACAUGCAAAGAGACCCAGAGACAGACACUUGCCGAAAGCCUUACCUGUGCUUCAAACAGGCCAAAAAGGACUACCAAACAACAUGGCCACUAUCAGGUGUCAGAAGACGAGACCUAGGAGACUUCAUUCCUACACAAUGCACUCUGUCCACCUUCCAGUACAGACUGAGUGGCACUCACACAUGAAUUAGAAAGAUAUUACUUUGAAGAAUCUUGCUGAAGGUGAAUGAAACAGACACUGUUCAGCCUCAGUGUGCAGAAAACACUGAGGUCAUUCUGACUCUGAACGUGAAGAGAAUGCCUGAUGAAGAGUGUCGAAAGGAAGCGGCAAUAAAGAUUUAAUAGCCUGCCCUCCAGCAGCCUCCUGACACAAACACACACACACACUGAGAGAGAGAGAUUUACAGCUCAGUUUUAAUAAGUCUGGUCAGGGGGCCAUAUAUUCCCAGUGUAUGUGAGGUGAGAGGGGCCGUACUGUACUGCUCCUAACCUGCCUCACUGGAACCAUGGGACUAUAACCCACUUUUACUGAGUUACGGGAAAGGAGGAGAGUCGGACUGGAAUGUCAGCACUAUUUCUGCCAACCAGGCGUUCUCUCUAAUGACGCCAUUUCAUCCAUCCAUCCACCCCUUCCACUCCAUGUUUUUUUUAAUGGCAAAUCAUUUUAGAGCCGAUGCGACGUGUGAAGAGAAGGAAAGAGAAUUAGGUUGGGCAGUCUGUGUGUGUGUGUGUGUGUGUGUGUGUGUGUGUGUGUGUGUGUGUGUGUGUGUGUGUGUGUGUGUGUGUGUGUGUGUGUGUGUGUGUGUGUGUGUGUGUGUGUGUGUGUGUGUGUGUGUGUGACAGUCACUGUUGUUGUGAUUAAACAACUGUCCUGCCUCUUACUCAUCAACGUUAAUGGUUAUUUUCAUAGAACUCAAAUGGCACCAUAUAUUCUGCCCAUCAAAGUGUCUAAUAAAAGACUUGCCAUUACGUUAAGCGGACAUGGGGAGAGGGAGAGAUAGAAAGACAGAGAUAAGUAGAAAGACAGGAGGAGAGAGAGACAAACAGAAAGGCAGAGUGAGAAAGAGAGAGGCAACACGGAGACAAGAAAGGCAAUAGGAUCUGCCAUUCUCAAGUCAUCAGAGACACAGCUCCAGUCACAUUCAGAAAAACGUUUUGUUCAGUUCUGUUGUGAACCUGAGCAGCAAUGACUUGUAUAUAAAGACACUUGUAACUCAACCCCAGAUGUCUGUGUUACCAUUGGAGGAGCACAAUGAUGACAGCACUCAGACAGGUCAUGACUCAAAUCACACCCUAUUGUCCAUAUAGUGGUCAAAUGUAUUGCACUGAAUGGGAAAUAUGGUGUUGUUUGAGAUGCAGCCGCAGUAACAAACACACUCAUAAACACCAUGCUGAUGUCUUUUCUCCCUCUGUGUCAAUACAAUGUGUGCCAAUAUUCUGAACUGUACUUUUGGGUGACAUAUCACGUGACCACUGAAACAAAAAGGAAACAUUUUCAAGUGCCAUAAAAACCAUGUCAAUUCAUUUUUAUACCUUAUAUAUUUGAUACUGUGAUGUUGUAUAAUUUGUUCAAGUGUGUACAGUGUUACUUCAUGUGUGCAAUGAUGAGGAACUUCACAAUGUCACCUUCAGAUAGCCUACUGAAUGUUUGUUUUCUUUCAUCAUUAUUUUGCCUUUGCUGCUCUCGUGCAUUUUAGGCAUAUCCAUUUCAAAUGCUAGUAACACUCAAAAUCUGUUUAUAAACCAGAAUUUGGUUCAGUAGUUAGUUAUGCUAGCAUUGUAUUGAUUAUUUUCAACCACACCAACAAACAGCCAUACUGUGGAACCUUCAAGUCAAAGGCUACUUCCUGAAUGAAUAUAUAUACUAAUUUGCUCAUAAAACUGUGCAGUACUAAUACAUUCAUGGAAAAGCACAACUUUUAUUUGUCUUAUUUGAAAAGGAGUACUGUAUCUAAUGCAUAUCUUUGUAAAUAAUUGAUUUGAAUGUAUCUUCCCCAUUUGGUUUGAAUGAUUCUUGUCUUCUUACUUGACAUUGGCUUUCUCUUUGACGGGUGAGUUUUUAUUGACUAUGUUGUGAAUGAGCUGUAAAUACACUAAGUACGGUAUUUACCUUUGACUAAAUACUGAGGCUAGCUGUUUUCUUUCUAAAGAGUAGAAUCGCAGGUUUGUCCUGCUGAGCUGAAUUAAAAAAGGUAUCCAGUUGA